AUGAACGAGUCCGAAACAUCUUCAUCUGUUGGUAACGAUGAACUGGAAAAGAGGAAAAAACGUGGACCGGUGGGUGAACGUAUGGGAAUUGUUGAACAGACACGUUUAGCACCAGAGUUUGUUGCUGAUAUUGAGAAAUAUUACAAAUACCAGGAAGAUGUGGACAAAUUAGUUGAUCGAUUAGAAAUUGUCUUGCAAAAUAAUGAAACAAUUUUACGGCUUGGAAAUAUUGAGUGUGGUGAGAAAGCGGAUCCGUAUGAGAUAUUCGCUCAGAAUAUUGAUGCUUUCCGGUCAUUUCAUAAAGAAAAUGCUCAGGCUCCGUUAAUUGAAGUUGAAGCAGUUGUUAAACGUUUAGCAGUAAUGAAUCGAGAAAUGCAAGCUAAAGGUCGUCGAUCAAUUCGUAAAAUGCGACGAUUUGUGGCACAAGAACAAUUAGCAAUGAUUAAUGCGCAAAAGAAAUUAAUGCAAGCACGCGAUGCGAUGGAUUCGGCGAGACAUGAACUUAAACAAGCACGAACCACAGAAAUGGUUGAAGAAAAAGGGAAAUUUUAUGCACGUAUGGUAAGUGAAUUUGACCAACAGGCUGCCCGAGUUGCAGCAUUUCCCGAACAUUUACCCAAUGAUAAAGAAGAACAUCAGAAGGAAUUAUUUGAUGCAUACAAAAUCGAUAGAUAUCAUCAUUGGAGUGAUCAGUACAUGAUGGAUAUACGAUCGAUAAUGUCACGGUUUGACAAUAUUAUAGCCAAAAAAGGACUAAAGAAAGAAGAUGGAGAAGCAUUAUUCAUUUGUAGCCGUAUGCUUCGUUACGUGUGA